CGACGAAUACUAGAACGCGGUAUCGCACGUGGUGUCGUAACAUUUUCGUUUUUUCUUUCACAUUUAAUAUAUUCUCACAUUUUAUCCGAUGUUAUUUAAUAAAACUUGUCGGCCAUGGGCGCGAAGACAAGCCUUAAAAUCGUUCUUCGAGGGCCCAACCGCUCCCUACUGCGUUCUACGCAGUCACUUUCACACUGAGUCUCGUAAGCACGACUAAACGAACAGGCCCCACCCGGCCGGUUUCUCGUUCGAGUACAACUUAUCGGAGACGACGUCAUGUCGUGACACCAUCCUCCUUCUGAUGCCAGCGUUACCUACGUUGAGGCUUCAAGUCGCGUAUGAAGUCUGUGGGGCAUCAGUCGAUCGGCAAUACUCUAAUUUUUACUGCAAAUUACACCGAUCAUCAUACACACAUAUACACAUUUGCAUAUUAACGUGUUCAGCUUAAUAAAUCGAAUAAUGGAUAUAAACAUAGUAUACUAUGUUCUUAUUUUCGAAUCAGUUUGUAUCGGAUUGACAGGCUUAUUAAUUAAUUGUAUGGAAUCCUAUUUACCUAUUAUCAUAUCUUCCGCUUAUCGUUAUGGGAAAUUUAGCUCAAAAGUUCACUGUAUUAAAUUAAGAAAAAUUGAAAUGCCUAAAAGAUACUUUGGACAUUAUUAUAUUAUCUGUGGGCCAAUGUUGAUAUUUUUAUUUUGCUUAGCGUUAAAUAAAUAUUUUUAUAAUGAAAAUGCUCCCGAAAUUGUGCUUUCACUAUUGGAUACAUUAUUAGGAACAUCGAGAAAAGCCUUAGUAUCAGUGGAAACUGCUAUUCUGGCUAUUGGUGUGUUUUCUAUACAUAUCUGGAAAAGAAUAUAUGAGAUGUAUUAUGUAUGUAUAUUUAGUGAUCAAAAAAUAAAUAUACUCCAUUAUAUAAUUACAUUCUUACAUUAUACGACAGUAUUACUAUGUUUAAUUGGGGAAUCUGAAGGAUUUGUUAAAGGCUCGCACGUAGACUUGUCUUCACCUAAAUUAACAACUGUACAACUGAUGUGUGCAAUUAUAUUUUUGUGGUCAACAUAUGUACAACUUGAAUGUAAUUUUAUUCUUGCAAAAUUACGUAAAAAUCAACAUGGUGACGUCGUAACGAAAGAGCACAAAGUACCAUUUGGUGGAUUAUUUAAAUAUAUAUCAAAUCCAUUGCAACUUACAGAAAUAAUUAUUUAUAUAAUGUUGUCUGGGAUCCUCUGGCAAACUUGUGUAUUCCAUUAUGCUACUCUUUUUGUUAUAAUAAAUCAGACCGAAUGUGCAAUUUUGUCUGAUCAAUGGUAUCGAAAUACUUUCAAAAAUUUUCCAAAGGAAAGGAAAAUUUUAAUUCCUUACAUCUGGUAGCUCAUUAUUCUCAACUUUAAUGUCUCUCAACAUAAAUUAAUUUAGAUUGAUGUUAUACUAAUAUACAUAUAUUAUAUAUAUUUCACGCGUAAUGCAAAAGAUCU